CCAUAGUUUUAGUUGAAGGCUCCGGGCGACUGGAGUCAGGUUUCUCUCUCCUCUCUGCUUCAUCUGCCACACAACUCAACCUGAACCAACAACUCACAGACGAAGGUACUUUUUCACCGGCCACUUCCUAAAUCAUAAAUAAUCCUAGGUUUCAACUACUUCACUUGUGUUUCUGCCGUGCGGGGAAUGCUUCAUGCUAUUUCUUUCUUGCCUUGCUUUUCGGUUGUGUUUCUUCAAUACAUUCGAGAACGGUUGUUGGCAAUAUUUUUUGCUGAUAAUUAUUGCAUCUAGCAGCUUAUCAAAAUGGUGACAGCUAAUGAGGAGAACCUUCACAAUCAGAAAGAUUGACUAGUAGUUGUUCUGAUUACUUUUUCUCGGCUGAGUAAUAGUUUUUUCAAGAUGCAAAUGUCUCAGAAACACCCAAGUUCAGCUGGUAUCCACUUCUAUCACCAGCCUAUGCAAGGCGUUUACCAAAUAUUACAAAACAAUCUAUGCCGUGAUAUCCAUGAUAGCAGCAGCAGCCAGGGCACUACUGUUUCUUUUGAAACCUGCAAGGAGCAAUACUUUACCCUGGAAUCAUCCCCAGUAACCGCUGGUUUCAUGGCUUGUGAUUCCCCUUCCUAUGCCAGCACAUCAUCAAAUAGGAGUCCAUUUUCUCCACAAGUUUCUCAGUCAUGCUAUUCAGAUCACCACCAGUCAUCUGACAACACCUAUGGAUCACCAGUAAGCGGGUUGUCUAGUGUUGAUGAUGGGGACGAAUUAAAGAACAUAUUUAGAGAACUGGAGAUUUCAUUGUUGGGGUCUGAGGAAUCAGAUAUUGUUGACAGUUAUGACUGCUGCGUCAAGGGUGGCCUCCACAGAGCAUCUCCUUUAGCUAAGCCUAAAUAUAAUUGGGAUCAGAUUGCAGAAAUGAUUCCAAAGUUUGACUUGAAAGAAGUCCUCAUGCUAUGUGCACAGGCUGUGUCCGAUGAGGACAUUACGACAGCAAGAGGCUGGAUGGAUAAUGUGUUGGGGAAGAUGGUAUCAGUUGCUGGAGAUCCAUACCAGAGGUUAGGUGCUUACUUGUUGGAGGGGCUUAGAGCAAGGUUGGAAUCAUCAGGGAGUCUGAUCUACAAAACCUUGAAGUGUGAACAACCAACAAGCAAAGAACUAAUGACUUACAUGCACGUUUUGUAUCAGAUUUGCCCAUAUUGGCAGUUUGCAUACGUAACUGCAAAUGUUGUCAUUGGAGAAGCAAUGGCAAAUGAAUCCAGGAUUCAUAUAAUUGAUUUCCAAAUUGCGCAGGGCACACAGUGGCAUUUACUUAUCCAGGCUCUUGCACAUAGGCCUGGUGGACCCCCUUUCAUUCGCAUAACUGGUGUUGAUGAUUCCCAAUCAUCUCAUGCUCGGGGUGGAGGACUUCAGAUUGUAGGAGACCGGCUUUCAGAUUUUGCCAGAUCUUGCGGGGUUCCAUUUGAGUUCCACAGUGCUGCCAUGUCAAGCUGUGAGGUUGAACGAGAAAAUCUUGUAAUUCGACCCGGGGAAGCUCUUGCUGUAAAUUUUCCUUAUGUUUUGCACCACAUGCCAGAUGAGAGUGUGAGCACAGGGAACCAUAGAGACAGAUUGUUGAGAUUGGUUAAGAGCUUGUCUCCCAAGGUUGUGACCCUGGUUGAGCAAGAAUCCAACACCAACACUUCUUCUUUCUUUCACAGGUUUGCUGAGACCCUCGAUUAUUAUACUGCUAUGUUCGAAUCAAUAGAUGUGGCUCGCCCCAGAGAUGAUAAGAAGAGGAUUAGUGCUGAGCAACACUGUGUGGCACGGGACAUUGUCAACAUGAUAGCUUGCGAGGGGGUUGAGAGGGUGGAAAGGCAUGAACUUUUAGGAAAGUGGAGAUUGAGAUUUUCUAUGGCUGGAUUUCAACAAUGCCCAUUGAGUUCUUCAGCGAUGGAUGCUGCCCGAAAUCUGUUGAUUGAAUUCGAUGAAAAUUAUAGGCUUGAACAGAGAGAUGGUGCUCUAUAUCUUGGCUGGAUGAAGAGAGCUUUGGUCACCUCUUCUGCUUGGAGGUGAAACUGAAACUGAAACUGACAAUGUUUUGAGCUCUGGCCACCCUUUUGACCUUCUUUGCCUUUACCAUGCUUAGUACACGGUAUCUGCAGUUCUCCAUAGCCAUAGGACUUGAGAUUUAGCUCUGUUCCAAUAUGUACCCUUGUGGGUUAUAAUGCAGUCCGCAGAAUCUCAAAACAUGCUGUAAAUGUCAGUACUGAAAUGAAAAAAAAAGAAACCUCUGUUAUAUAGCUUCGCUUAUUUUCCUGCCCCCUGUCCCGGGCUUUAGUGUUAUUUAACUGAUAAUAUAUGAUGAGUAACUUUUAUUUUGUUUCCUCGUUUAAUUCCUUUCCCCUUGUAAUCACAACCGAAAUCUUCCCAAUGCACGAGUACAUAAGAGCUCAAGGUUCUGGUCUGAUACACUAUAA